CGAUGGCUGUGUUUUCAGUUCAAACUAUGCUGUGGCAAUAGCUGCACGCGGUGCCCGCACUUUUCUUUCGCUCGCGUCUUGCUUGUGUGUAUGAGUAUUCAGUGCGUUACAAGUGCAAACUGGAUAAUUACCAACUGCAAAAUUAAAAAUAAUUAAAUUGUGAUAUAAAGCUUAUAAUCGUAGUAUUAUAAUGCAAUCAUCACAGACGUGUCAGCUUAUCAAAACGUUCAGUUAAUCCACUUAGGAUGUGAUUAUGGUCUUUAAAGAACGAAAUUUAUUGGUUGCACUUCUAGUCGCAUUAUGCGCAACUGUAAAUCAUGCCGCGUCCAUUUCAACAACGACUGAGGCGAGCACUACCGUAGCAACCACAACAACAACAACACCGACUGAAAGCGAUGAAGCGCAAAAGGAAACGAACUUUAAUCGCACGGAUGGACGCACUGAAAAUGCGCGCUCGUUAGAUCUCGACAUCAACAAGUACACAUCCGUCGAUUUCCACAAUAAGGUAUACGAUCUACAAACGUCGCCAGAGAAUGAGAAAUUCAUCUCGCAGGAAGUAUCUAAGGUGCACACAACGUACCGAACAUCGUACACGUCGCAAAACGUAAAUGAUUACGAAAAUUAUGAAUUGACCACGCCGAACGAUAUUUUUGAUGAAAAACAUAAACAAGUUCAGAAUGAUAUCAAAAUGAAGCUCGAAAUUGACCAGAAUGUGCAAAUCGAAAAACCGUCAUCCGAUGAAGUCGUGAAACAUAACGAAACCAAUUUGGAUCUCGUACGGUACACAAACAUCCUCGGCGAUGACGAUGUACGUAACAAAACAUCAAUUCAUCGUAAUUACGAAACCGAGAAGGGCUUGAAGAUAAACUACGAGAGUGUCUAUAACGAGUCCGAUGCUGUACAGAAAGUGCACAAUGCGAAGAGUCCAUUAUUGAACAACAAGAUCGAGAACGACAAGGCCAUAAACAUUUCGAAGCGCGGUUUUACCAAGCAGCCGCAAACAGGAAAUUCCACCACUGAUCGCCCGGCCACCGACCUACCGCAAGACAGAUCCAAUUUGAUACCGUCGCUUGAGACUACUACCAACAACCAAGAGCAGGCCCAGCAGGAGAAUAAUAUCUAUCCGGUUUUGGUGCCCAUACCGCUGACCACAACUGCGUCCGUUUCGACCGAACCCUCCUCGCAUACGAAACUCUAUGAAAUGACUGAGAACGAUUUCGCUACGACGACCGAGAGUGCAUUCGAGGUGAAUGGGUCGGAGGAAAAGUUUUAUGAAAUGACGGAGACUGCGACGACAACUGCUGCGCCUGAGGUGGAAACCACUACGGAAAAUUUAAAUAAAACAAUUGUAACAACCAGUACAACUCAUGAGGAUGAAUUGAUUACAACUACAACUGAACAGCAAGAAGUUUUACAACUGAAAAUGCUUUACAAACAACCAUUUCUGAAGAAAAAGAAGAUAGAAAAAACUACAACUUUUGCUCCUACAACUACAAUAACAGUAACAACAGAAGCAGAAAACCUAACAACAACUUUACAAGCUGUAGAUGAUGAUGCAACUACACCUACAACUACAACUACAGCUGCAACAACAACUGAAUUAGAUUUAGUUACAUCAACAGUUGAAUCCGCAUCAAAAUCUGUUACAAUAAAUAAUCAAACAACAACCGAACCAGAACUUUCCGCAUCAACCUUAUUUUCUCUAAUUACAACAACUCUUCAACAAAUCACAGACACAACAAUUGGAUAUGAAUCUACAUCAGUAGCAGCGCCGAGUAAUGAAAUAAAAAAAGCUAAUACAUCAUCAGAUCAUGAACUAGAUGACUUCACAGAAGAAGUCACAGAUGAUGAUUACAUGGAUGUACGUAAAAUAAAACCGGUUCCACAAAAUAUCCCUAAAAAAGCAGAAGUAGAGGCUGUUAAUGAAACACACUCAGUCACGGAAGCACCAGAACGAGUAACUACUACAACAACAGUUGAAACUACAACAAAUGAGGAUGCUGCGUCUGAUGUCCCGGAAGAAGCUUCACGAACGCCCGAACCGGAAGGCGCAAGCAGCGGGACUAUUAUUGCAAUAGUUUUAUCCACCGUUGGUGCUAUCUGUUUGAUAUUACUAGCUGUACUUUUGUUUGUGAUGCGCCGGAGGCAGAAACGAUUCAAUUAUGGCCAACGAUGCACACCUGUUAGUUUGGACGCUUACAGUAUGGACAAUGUUUCUGUUUAUAACAGUGUGAGAAGAAAGAACGCCAUUCGUGGCUCCAAACGCUCCUAUGGCAAUCCAGCCUUUGAUGAUGAUACGAGUAUUAGUCAUCCGAUAAAUUUCCAAGCAAUUGUGCGUUUUGCCAACCAAGCCGACGAGAUCCGUGCGGAAUUCGAAGAGAUUCCACUCGUCAGCGCCAAGAUGCAUGAACUGCCCGACGGUUGCGCGAGCAAGAAUCGUUACGCGAACGUGAUUCCACUGCCCGAGAGUCGUGUGUUCCUCGCGCAGUUGGAGGACGAUCCUACCAGUGAUUACAUCAAUGCCAAUUAUGUUACGGGACCCAAAGGUGCCCGAGGCUAUUACAUCGCAUGCCAGGCGCCAUUACACAACACCGUGAAUGAUUUCUGGCGUAUGAUUUGGGAACAACAGUCGAAAGUCAUCCUAAUGUUGACGCAUCUCUUUGAGAAUGGUGUGGAGAAGUGCGUUGAUUAUCUGCCACCAUCCGAGGUCGUCGAUUGUCAUCGUCUCUUUGGCGAUUUUCAAGUGACAUUGAAAAAACGUGAAGUUAAGGACAAGUAUAUCAUAUCCAGUUUACAACUGAAAAACAUGGUAUCUAACAGCUGGCGAGAAGUCACGCACCUUUGGUAUUCAGGUUGGCCGGAGAAGGGCGUUCCAGAGGAGGAGAACUCGAUCAUUGCAUUCCUCAUUGAAGCGAGAAGUUACAUUCGCCUUGUUCAGAACGCCGAGCCAAAGGAAAAUGGUAUUACGUCUACAACGUCAAAUGGUAGAAGUUCACAGCCAGAUUCAAGUCCGGUUGUUGUCCAUUGCAGUCCGGGCACGGGCCGGACAGGAUCCGUAAUUGCAUGUGAUAUUGCGAUAAGGGAAUUCGAGCUGCGGCGUAUUGUCGACAUUCCCCGAAUCGUGUAUAGGAUUAGGCGUGACAGAGCUAGUUCUGUCCAAACUAAAGACCAAUACCAUUUUAUUUACAAAGUAAUAAAUUUAUAUGCUACAAAAUUGACUGGCGGGGCCCUGGAUUCCAUAUAAAAUAUUUGUGAUAUGAACUUGUUAAGAUUGCUAAAGAAAAUUGAAUUAAAUUUAGUCUAGUUGUCCAAAAGAUAAAUUUUGGUGUGAUGUCCACGUAUUGUAAAUAUAUCUAAACGUUGUUAUGUAUUAUAAAGAUGAUCAUAUAUUAUGUUAUGCCUGCUCUCUAUCUGUAAAAGAAUAAAUAAGCGAAUUUCUAUAUCUUAAAAA